GUCAUUUGUCGUCUGUGAUGGCACCAUCUCCGUAUUUUAAAUCAAUUAUUUAUUAACAUUGUGUUGACUUUUGCAUGAAAUGUUUCUUAGAGGAGGUGUAGCAAGAACUACACACAAAUUAUGCGGUGUUGUGCGCCUUUCUGCGAAAACACUUUCGACAAUGUGUCGGUAUCUGAGGGAAUGGGAAUUACCUUUCAUAAAGUACCCAGUGAAGGCAAUCUCCGUGCUGCUUGGCUCAGAGCCCUCAGCACACAAGACCAUCACCUGCCCGACCCUGCUGUGGUCUGCUCCCAGCACUUUCUGGAUGACGACUUUUGUACAACAGAGAGUUGUGUGAGGCAGAUUCACUCUCAUGCUAUUCCUUCAAUAGUGCAGAUGUGCAUGAUAUGCCUGGACACUGGCAGCAAGCUGUCUCUAAUGAGUAAACACAAGUUGGAGGAGGCAUAUGAACAGCUAACUGGACUGUCUUUGUUUCAGUUGUGUCGUCGAGGAAACCUGAAGCAAACACUCUGUGUGCUGUGUGCUCAGAGAUUGAUUAACUUCAGUAGAUUUAGAGACUUGAGCUUGAGAGCCCAUUCACUGAUGACAGACUUAGUUGAACAACAUGAAUUAAAUACUAUACAACACAAAGAAUUGAUGAACUGCACAACUGCACAUCUGAAGUGUAAUUUGACACAAACAACAUUAGGAGCUAACCAUUGUGACUUGUACAUAGAUCACACUGAUGAAGAGGAGCAGACAGCAGCAGAGGAAUCUGUAGUGGGAGAUGUUGCAACAGCUGUGGUGAAGAAUGAAGGCAGUUCUGACUCCAUGUCGGGUGCUGAUAACUUGGAACUACCACUAGAAGAUCACUGUGUAUCCAAGAAGGAAUACACUAUAAGCAUCAAGUUAGAAGAGGAUCCACUGGCUGAGGCUGUGAGUGAAGCUCUUCAUAGAAAAGCAGCAACUUCCUGCACUGCAGUUGCAGAAUAUGAGGCUGAAAUAAAGAGUUGCAUAAAGAGUGAAAGUGUCACCUUCGGAUGCACAGUUUGUUUGCAAGAAUUUUUGGAAGAGAAUGCUUACUAUGAACAUAUGAUCAUGCAUCUCCAGGACGCUGGCGGCGACGCUGCAUGUGAUGCAUCACAAGUGUGCGAGCCUCGUGCAGCUGUGAGCCGCAGCGGUGACUCACUCGUGCUGCAGAACAAGUCAGUAUACAACGACGCUGCAUGUGAUGCAUCACAAGUGUGCGAGCCUCGUGCAGCUGUGAGCCGCAGCGGUGACUCACUCGUGCUGCAGAACAAGUCAGUAUACAACGACGCUGCAUGUGAUGCAUCACAAGUGUGCGAGCCUCGUGCAGCUGUGAGCCGCAGCGGUGACUCACUCGUGCUGCAGAACAAGUCAGUAUACAACGACGCUGCAUGUGAUGCAUCACAAGUGUGCGAGCCUCGUGCAGCUGUGAGCCGCAGCGGUGACUCACUCGUGCUGCAGAACAAGUCAGUAUACAACGACGCUGCAUGUGAUGCAUCACAAGUGUGCGAGCCUCGUGCAGCUGUGAGCCGCAGCGGUGACUCACUCGUGCUGCAGAACAAGUCAGUAUACAACGACGCUGCAUGUGAUGCAUCACAAGUGUGCGAGCCUCGUGCAGCUGUGAGCCGCAGCGGUGACUCACUCGUGCUGCAGGACAAGUCAGUAUACAACGACGCUGCAUGUGAUGCAUCACAAGUGUGCGAGCCUCGUGCAGCUGUGAGCCGCAGCGGUGACUCACUCGUGCUGCAGAACAAAUCAGUAUACAACGACGCUGCAUGUGAUGCAUCACAAGUGUGCGAGCCUCGUGCAGCUGUGAGCCGCAGCGGUGACUCACACGUGCUGCAGAACAAGUCAGUAUACAAGGACACUAGUGUCAUGACACAACACUGCUUGUGCACUACGUCCCAGCUCAGACUCACAUUCUGCUGCCGUUCCACAGGACAGGGAGUCAGAGGCUGA